GCCAUUUUCGCUCUCUCUCUCUCUAUGCAUGUGCUCUCUCUCUUUCUCUCUCUUCAACUUUCUCACUCUUCUUCUUACUAGCUGCUGCUUACAAAAUACAGUUGCAGAAAAUCAAGUAAAACGAGAUCUUCGUAUUUUCAACCCUAUUUCUUCUCUUCUGAUUCAAAUCAAAUCUACGAAAUGAAAACUAACAAAACUUCAAAUCCUGUUAUUACUUUCGAUCACAAGAGGGAUGCCUAUGGGUUUACGGUGAGACCUCAGCACCUGCAAAGAUACCGUGAAUAUGCGAAUAUAUACAAGGAGGAAGAGGAGGAAAGGUCAGAGAAGUGGAAGUCAUUUUUAGAUAGGCAGGCAGAGACGGAGUCUUCUGAAUUGGCCUCAGCUGUGGGAGAAGAUGAGAAAGUUUCUGGGGACGAGGUUGUCGGGGAAGAAGUUGAUGCGAGUUUAGAGAAGGGUGUUGAUGGACAUCAAACAAGCGGGCACGUCCCUGGCAGUGAAGAUAGUACAAUUGAAAAUGGAAGUCAAAAGGAGGAGUUACCAGCAUCUGAAGUGACUAAGAUUCAUAGAGUCCAGUUAUGGUCAACCAUAAGGUCAUCUCUUCAUAUUAUUGAGGAUAUGAUGAGUGCCCGUGUAAAGAAGAAAACUGCAUCAGUAAAAGAUGAAAGAAACAAGAAUGGUGUUUCAAAAGACGAGAAGAUCGCUGAAACUGAGAAAUCACUAUCUCAUUCUGAUGAUGCUAAAUCACCAAAAGGAGCAUUUGAGGAAGACUCUGAGGACGAGUUCUAUGAUGUUGAAAGGUCCGAUCCUAGUCCAGAUUCUCCUCGUGUUGAUGGCUUGAGUACCUCUGCAAAUGGGAUUGCUGCUGAUGCUGCACCACUGCAGGUUCCGUGUCCUUGGAUAGAAGAGUUGGAAGUUCUUGUUCGUGGGGGAGUGCCAAUGGCACUUAGGGGAGAGCUCUGGCAAGCUUUUGUGGGUGUCAAAGCAAGACGAGUAGACAAGUAUUAUCAGAAUCUACUAGCCUCCAAUGGUGAUUCUGAAAUUAAAAGUAAUCAUCAAAACUUGCAAUUAGAUGACAAUGAUGGUAAAAUAAUGCAGAACUCAUACAUGUACCAGAAAAAUGGAAAGGACAGAUUGAGAAGGAUCUGCCACGGACAUUUCCUGGUCAUCCUGCUUUGGAUGAGGAUGGUAGAAAUGCUUUGAGACGAUUACUUACUG